CUUCCCCUUUCAGAGUGUGUGACGUCAAGUGACUGGCGUGUCCCGUUGGUGCCGUGUCCCGCCUAUUUGGGAGGCGCGGGCGGGCGGUGGGAUUGGCUGCUUUAGGGCGCCGCGAGACGAGGAAGUUGAGGAGGCGGCGGGGGGUUAGGAAGAUACCACUGCGGUGGGAGGAGAAGGGGGAUACUAUAUUGGGCACUUCCCCCCGUCACUCCCGUCCUGUGGAAGAUCCGGCUUUCUUUAAGGUUGGGCUCUUUACCGCCAUGGGAGAGAUUAAAAUCUCUCCGGACUAUAACUGGUUCAGAAGUACAGUUCCUCUUAAAAAGAUUAUAGUAGAUGACGAUGAUAGUAAAGUUUGGUCGCUCUACGAUGCAGGACCACGGAAUAUCCGGUGCCCCCUUAUAUUUCUCCCACCUGUCAGCGGGACUGCAGAUGUGUUCUUUCAGCAGAUUUUAGCCUUGUCUGGAUGGGGCUACAGAGUCAUUGCUUUGCAGUAUCCUGUUUACUGGGAAAUUUUUGAGUUCUGCGAUGGAUUCAGAAAACUAUUAGAUCAUCUACAGCUGGAUAAAGUUCAUCUCUUUGGGGCUUCCUUGGGGGGCUUCCUUGCUCAGAAAUUUGCAGAAUACACUCACAAAUCUCCCAGAGUCCAGUCUCUGAUUCUGUGCAACGCUUUCAGCGACACCUCCAUUUUCAACCAGACAUGGACAGCAAAUAGCUUUUGGCUACUGCCUUCCUUUAUGCUGAAGAAAAUCGUUCUUGGGAAUUUUGCAUCUGGCCCUGUAGACCCCGAAAUGGCUGAUGGAAUUGAUUUCAUGGUUGAUAGGCUGGAAAGCCUGGGCCAAAGUGAGCUUGCUUCGAGACUUACCCUCAACUGCCAGAAUUCUUAUGUGGAACCUCAUAAAAUCAGAGACAUCCCUGUGACUAUCAUGGAUGUGUUCGACCAGAGUGCUCUUUCCACUGAAGCAAAAGAAGAGAUGUAUAAGCUGUAUCCCAAUGCAAGGAGAGCCCACCUCAAGACGGGGGGUAACUUCCCUUAUCUCUGCAGGAGUGCUGAAGUAAAUCUCUACAUCCAAAUCCACUUACUUCAGUUCCAUGGUACCAGAUAUGCUGCAAUUGACCCCUCCAUGGUCAGCGCAGAAGAACUUGAAGUCCAGAAAGCCAAUCUCCAAGCCAGCACUGAGCAAGAGCAGCAGCAGGAGCUGUAGUGCCCAGGACUGGCAACAACACUUCAUCCAGAAGGUCUUAUCUUUUUUUUGGGGGGGGGGGGCAGUCUUCCCAUCCAGUUACAUCUUUCCAGUUUGCCUUUAUUCCUUCCUACUUAACCGGUUAGAACCGUGUCCUUUAAAGUAGGCUGUACUGAUUUCAUUAAAUGAAAUGCAACUAUGGACACUCGGUCGCAUUGCUGUUUCAAAUAAGGUAAAUUCAGAUGAUAAAAAAAAGUUAAGGAUGCAACUUUGGAUGAUUUGUUUUAAAAACAACCUGAGAUGAACUUUUGCUACCAAAGCUUUCACUAUUGUGUUCUUAAAAGAGAAUACUCUUAAAUAUCCAUGCUGAGAGGAGUAUGUAUGUAUCAUGAGCAAAUUAUAUACGUCUGCAAGUUCUGUUACAAUUGAUAGAAUAUUUAGUUUUAAAAACUAUGUUGAAGUGCCAAUAUUGCUAUUACUUUUCUUUAUAUACCAUUGCCAGUUAAUGACUUCAUUUGAGAUUAUAAAUCUUUUUUUUUAUUGUCUUGCUUUCUA